AUGGCAAAGUGUCACCGGAAUAACGGCGGAUCCAUCGCUCUCCACCACAGCCACACCGCUAAAAAUGCAACUGCUGGUGGUCACUUCCGCCUGCUUCGCCGCUUGAUCAUCGACGCCGUCAGCUGCGGCGGCAACUCACGCAACCGGUAUCGCCAGAGCGGCGGCGAUGAGGAUGACGACGGAGACGGUGGCGACUUUGGCUCCGCGACGAGCCAUGCAGAGAAGGAGGAGGGGUCGGGGAAGCUGUCGGAUCUGUUGAACGCGGCGGAGAUGAAAACGGAGGCAGAGGCGGAGGCGAAGAAGAAGGAAGAGGCAUUGGCGGAGCUGAAGCGAGUGGUGAAGGAGUUGCGCGAAGAAGAUUUCACGAUUCGGCGAAUCGCGGCCACGAAAGUGAGGUCGCUAGCGAAGGAAGAUUCCGAAGCGAGAGCGAAUCUCGCAAUGCUCGGAGCAAUUCCUCCUCUCGUGGGAAUGCUCGAUUCGGAAGAUACUCAUUCGCAAAUCGCUUCGCUCUACGCUUUGCUCAAUCUCGGAAUCGGAAACGAUGCAAAUAAAGCGGCUAUAGUGAAAAUCGGCACUGUGCACAAAAUGCUGAAGCUAAUUGAAUCGAGUGGUUCGGAUUGGUCCGUGGCCGAAGCGAUUGUUGCGAAUUUUCUUGGAUUGAGUGCUUUGGAUUCGAAUAAACCGAUAAUAGGAUCCUCCGGGGCAAUACCGUUCCUAGUUAGAACCCUAAAAAGUUUAGACGCCAGUAAAACCGCAUCACAAUCCCAAUCGCAAGGGGAGCAAGAUGCUCUGCGCGCUUUGUACAAUCUUUCGAUCUGUCAGAGCAACGUUUCGGUGAUUUUGGAGACGGAUUUGGUUUGGUUUUUAUUGAGCGCGAUUGGGGACAUGGACGUGAGUGAGUGGAGUCUCGCCAUUCUGAGCAAUUUAGUGUCGACUCCGGAGGGAAGAAAAGCGAUCAGUGGUGUGAGCGAUGCGAUUCCGGUUCUGGUGGAUGUGUUAAGUUGGACGGACUCGCCAGAGUGCCAAGAGAAGGCAUCGUACGUGUUGAUGAUUAUGGCACACAAAGCGUACGGUGACAGGCGGGCCAUGAUCGAGGCUGGGGUUGUGUCCUCGCUGCUUGAAUUGACGCUUGUGGGAACCACGUUAGCUCAGAAGCGGGCCUCGAGAAUAUUGGAGUGUUUGAGGGUGGAUAAGGGGAAACAGAUUUCUGCUAGCUACGCUGGAAACUUGAAUUUGGGCGUUUCUGCUCCUAUUUGUGGAUCUUCUUCAUCCAAGGGUGGUGCAGGAGGAGGAAAAGGGUGCUUGGUGGACGAGGAAGAUGGAACGAUGAUGAUGAGUGAAGAAAAGAAAGCGGUGAAACAGUUAGUGCAACAGAGUUUGCAGAAUAACAUGAUUAAAAUAGUGAAGAGGGCCAACUUGCGUCAGGAUUUCAUUCCAUCUAGCCACAUUGCUUCACUCACUUCGAGUUCCACUUCCAAGAGCCUCCCAUUUUGA